GUAAUCAAACAAUCACUUAACUUGAGUGUUGAGAAUAAUUACAAAAGCUAUUUAUUUUUAAUUUAUUUACAGAUGUCAAAUGUUACUUACAAUGAACUGUGGAGAGAUACAGAAUCUUGUCUUGAAGAAAUUUUACAAACUGAUUCUAAUUUGCAAAAUGCUAAACCGCAAAAAGAUAGGAAGAAAAUUCAUAAAAAUGUUUCUGAGUUAUAUGUUAGGUACAUUGUAUGCUGUAAUAAACUCGAGCAAUGUUACGAUCAAAUGAUCCAGCCACAAAAGCGCAUAUUGCUGCGUAAACUUCUAGACUCAACACUAGGAAGAAUAUUAGAAGUAAAACACGAGCUGGUGGAAGUAGACCUCUCUGAGUACAAUUACUACGACGAUGUACUACUAAAGUAUGGAAUUUUACCCCAAGAAGUAGAACUAAAAAUACCUAAUUACUUCAGGCGAGAAAGAGAAUCUGAAAUCUUGCAGCGUCGAGAGUUCAUCAGCGAAGUUUUAAGAAAUGCAGGUGUCCUGGAUGAAGUCGUGCAGCCGCGUAAAAUGACUGAGUCUGAAGCUAUAAGAUUGAUACAGACUCACGAAAGAGCCCGUCAGGGACGUGUCAGAUUUCAGUUCAUGAAAGAAAUCCGAGAAAUGAAAGAAAGGUCGACUAUAAAGCCAGAAGUAGCUCAGGUCGACGUUCUCAGAGAGAUAAUGGCUACGAUGAGAAUCCAGAAAGUCUGGCGUGGUUACAUAACGCGAAGACGAAUGAGAAAGAGAAGGAUUGCAGAGAUGCUGUUGAUUGGAAUGGUACAACCAGGUCAAGUUAUUACGGAUAAUUACAGGAAUGCUGAGAAAAUAAAACUUCACAGGUACGCAAAGCAGGUUGAGUACCAAGAAAUCUUCGAGAAGAAACUUGCUGAGAUCAAGGAUUACGUUAGGAGCGAGAAGAGCGUUAUCAUGGAAGAAAACAUAAGAAGUGACAUCAGGCAGUGGAUUAAUGAGUACUUUCAGCAAACUGGCAAGAUACCCGAGCUCCCGUCGGCAGAAAGCGGUGGCUCCAGGAUGAUUUUGAGCCGACAAGGCACCGAGAGCUCAAUGAGCAAGUCAAAAGAGUCAUCUUCGUCGAAAGAGUCCAAAAAAUCUAAAAAAUCCAAGUCCAAAAAAGAGAGCGAUACCGAAAAAUCCGAAGAUGAAUCUGACCCGGGGAUCAAAGUGGUUCCUUCGAAUUUUCUUCCUGAAUUGAUCCAAGCGCAUACUGAGUAUCAGGACAUCUGGAGGGACAAAGAUGAGUCCGAGAACCCUUGGCAGCUGCCUUACGACGACAUGAUUCUGUCUGAAAAGACCCGAGAGAUCGAGGAUGAGGUAAGAGUCGGGGUUGAUCAAGCGCUCAGAGACGAUAUCGAGGCGCUUCAGGCAGCGCUGGACCGAGACAAAGGACACAAAGGUAAACGGGCUAAAAAGCCGCAAAAGCGAAUGCGUCGGAGUGGAAAACGUAAUAAACGCAAGAAAGAAAAAGAUUUGACGCCUGAUCGAACUACGGAAUCACUCUUUGAGGAACUAUUGACCCAGGGUAUUAUUAAACUCGUUCCAGAAGUUUAUUUAAAUUGUUUUAGAGGUGAAAAAUCUUACGCGAAUUUUGAUCUUUGGGACAAAGGGAAAGAUCCUCUUCCUACGAUAGGAAAUGAAGAUGUGAAGUUAUUGUCACCGCUAGUGCGAUCAGUUCUGAUAGCGGGACCGCAUGGUAGUGGUAAAAAAAUGCUAGUUCACGCAAUUUGCACUGAACUGGGCGCAACUCUAUUCGAUAUAACUCCAGCUAACAUAGCUGGCAAGUAUCCAGGAAAAUCUGGACUGAUAAUGUUGCUCCAUUUAAUUUCAAAGGUAUCGCGUCUGCUCCAGCCUUCGAUAAUUUUUAUGGAUGGCGCCGAGAAACCUUUUGUCAAAAAAGUCCCCAAGACCGACAAAACUGACCCCAAGCGCCUGAAAAAAGACUUGCCGAAGCUCGUUAAAAGUUUCACCAAUGAAGAUCGGGUCAUUCUGGUCGGUACGUCCAAUGCUCCCUGGGACGGCGAUCAGAAGUUGUUGUAUCAGACGUAUGAUAAAGUUAUUUACAUCCCCAGGCCGGACUAUGGAUCGAUGUCGAUGCUGUGGAAAGAUUUGUUGUACAAAUACUCUGGAAUCAGUCGACAGUUCGAUACAUCUGCAAUGUCAAAGAUUUGCGACGGAUUUACCGUCGGCACUGUUAUUGCCGCGAUUAAUGAACCGCUAACCCACGUUGAAUUAAUAAAUGCUUUAAGUACCCGUGAUCCUGUUUAUAAAGAAGAGGAGGAAGCUUUUCUAGCCUGGUACUCAAAAACACCAACGUGUCGCAAGAAGCAGCGAGCUGUAGAGCAAGAGCUCCAAAAGCUAGAAGAGGCUAACGAAAAGCAGAAGAAAAAAGGAAAAAAAUAA